UUUUUUUUGGUUUUUUGGGCGGCGACAUUUCAUUUAGUUUUAGUAAUACCGUUUUGCUUGUAUGAUCAUUAAAGCAAAUGGGUUUUUAGCAGUUGGUUUGUUAGUUCUGUGAUCAGUGAUUGGCAUGUGAAGUUGAAUUCCAUAAUCUCAUUUUUGUUGUUUGGUUGGUGGGAAUCCCUUAAGAAAAUUAAGAAAAAAAAUGUCGGUGCAAACUUUUAAUUUUCCACAUUUUUCGUUUGAUUUUCUUUUGGAUGUAUCAGAACAACAAUUAAACAAAGUGAAUUUUCUCUAUCAUAUUGCUGGUUUUGGUCAAAUUUGAUUUUUUUUUUAAUAAAGUAUUGGACUUUUGUUUUUUUUCCAUUCUGCUUGGUUGGCAAGAUAGAUAAGAAACAAACCACAUUGGAAUGUGUUAGUUUUUUAUGAAUGAUUUAGUUUGUUAGUUUUUGCUCUUUUGCUUGUGUCUUGGCUUAUUAGUUCUUCAAUUGUAAUCUUGGUGUUAAAUAAACUCUCAAUGGUUGGUUUUAGGUGAAGUAGAAGAAACUAUUAACAAAUGUUCACUCAAGGCCUUGACAAGGAUGCGUUAAGAUGGGUUCGCGAGGGGGGUGUUGCCAAGAACAGAGAUCUUUUCACUAUGAGGAUGACUGCAAGACAGAAACCUGAUUCUAUUCCCAGUUUAAGAAAUGCUGGAUGGCAGUCCGGAUUGCGUCCUUCAGAGAAAUUUCUUAAUGGGCAUUUGUCUCCAAGCGUAAUUCCAGUGUCUCGGGGAAUACCUGUUUGUGGCGAUGAUGGUGGUUCAGGAUCAGACAUGGACAUGUCAUCUGAUUCAGAUGAGCAUCUCUGUGACAGGCAGUACUUGUUCAUUUCAUCUCCGCAAGAUGAUAAGGUGCCAACAGUUGCAGCUGUUACACAUGCUAAGAUGACAGGCAGUGAUGGUGUUGCACCUCAUAGAGAAACAUAUAAUUCUGAUAGUUAUUCUUCUACUAUUACUUCUACGGUAGGUGUUGAAAUAAUAUCUAAACAGGUUUUUCAUAAUGGAGGAUUGCAAAAGACGAAGCCUUAUUUCAAUGAUAGCAUUGUUCAGGAUAACAGCAGGGAUGAGAUCCUCGACCCAUCUGUCAGUACUGCAGAAAGUGGAGUCAAUGAAUCUGCUAGUAUUUUACCCUCUCGUCGCCCCAUCUUUCAUGCAAGUGGGCUUGGUCCAUGGUGUGCAGUGCUGUCUUAUGAUGCAUGUGUUCGUUUAUGCUUAAAUUCAUGGGCCAAAGGUUGCACGGAAGAAGCUCCCUACUUCUUGAAUAGAGAAUGUUCACGGUUGCGGAAAGCAUUCGGUUUACAUCAGGUAUUAUUGCAACCAGAAGAAGAGCUCUUGGCAAAACGAUCUUCUGAGUUAGUUAGUGAGGCAGCAGCUCCUAAAUCAAAGAAGUCCAUUGGAAAAAUGAAAGUGCAAGUGCGUAAAGUAAAAAUGGGUUUAGAUCCUCCUCCUGGCUGCAACAUUCCUAUUUUAAAGAUAGAAUCACUUCAUCAACAUUUCUCCAAAGUAAAUUCAAUGUUGUAUUCUGGAUGGGAAGCUCUUCGAAAAGUUCAUGUGACACACAAUGCUCCUGCAAAUGGUUCUCUUUCAAGGCAAAGCCUAGCUUAUCUGCAGACAAGCAGCCAGUAUAUAAAAGAGGUAUCCAAGCUCUUGAAAACUGGAGUGACUACUUUGCGCAGCAAUUCAACAUCAUUUGAAGUAGUUCCAGAAACAUAUUGUUGCUUGUUGAAAUUGAAAAGUUCAUCUGAAGAGGAUGUGAUCAGAAUGCAACCAGGUUCCAGUGAAACUCAUGUGUUCUUACCUGAUGGUCUUGGUGACGAUUUGAUUGUCAAAGUUCAUGACUCCAAGGGGCAGUAUUGUGGUCAUGUCCUAGCACAAGUGGUUUCUGUUGCUGAUGACCCUGGUGACAAGCUUCGAUGGUGGCCAUUAUAUCGUGAGCCAGAACAUGAACUUGUUGGCAGAAUUCAGCUGUAUAUACACUAUUCAACCCGUCAAGAGGAGAAUAAUCUCAAGUGUGGUUCCAUUGCAGAAACUGUGGCAUAUGAUUUUUUGUUGGAAGUUGCAAUGAAAGUUCAGCACUUUCAGCAAAGAAAUUUGUUGCUAGAUGGCCCUUGGAAGUGGUUGGUGAAUGAAUUUGCAUCAUACUAUGGAGUGUCAGAUGCCUAUACCAAGUUAAGAUACCUUUCUUAUGUCAUGGAUGUGGCUACACCAACUGAAGACUGCCUUACAUUGAUACAUGAUUUACUAUCUCCUGUGAAGGGCAAUAGCAAGCACAAGUUAAGUCACCAAGAAAACCGCAUCCUAGGGGAGAUUGAGGAUCAUGUCCAGAAGAUUUUAACUACGAUCUUUGAGAAUUACAAGUCAUUAGAUGAAUCAUCGCCAUCAGGGAUGAUGGAUGUUUUCAAGGCUGCCACUGGAUCACCACCUCCUGCCUUGGUACCUGCUGUCAAGCUCUAUGGCCUAUUGCACGAUAUAUUAAGUCCUGAGACACAACUGGAGUUCUGCAGAUGUUUUCAGGCUGCUGCAAAAAAGAGGUCAAGAAGGCACCAGGCUGAAACAGAUGAGUUCAUUUUGAGCAAUAAUAACAGUGCAUUGAUGGAUCCCAUGACUCUUUCAACUUCUUAUCAGAAGAUGAAAUUUUUAAUUUUGAGUAUCAAGAAUGAAAUUUUCACAGAUAUAGAGAUCCACAAUCAGAAUGUUCUUCCUAGUUUUAUAGACCUGCCAAAUCUUUCUGCACCCAUAUACAGCGCGGAUCUUUGCAAUAGAUUGAGAGAAUUUCUUGUUGGAUGCCCCCCUCCUGGCCCCUCUCCUGCUGUAAUUGAACUUGUUAUUGCGACAGCAGACUUUCAAAGAGAUCUGUCUUCCUGGAAUAUUAAACCUGUAAAAGGGGGAGUUGACGCAAAAGAGUUGUUUCACUCUUAUAUAACCAGUUGGAUUGAAGAGAAGCGCCAUUCUUUACUUGAUUCAUGCAAACUAGAUAAGGUUAAGUGUUCUGGUAUUAAAACACAACAAACAACAGCUCCUUUCAUUGAUGAUAUGUAUAAUCAGCUAAUGGAGACAUUGAAUGAAUAUGAAAUUAUCAUUUUCCGCUGGCCAGAAUUCACUAUCAUCUUGGAAAAUGCUAUUGCAGAUGUUGAAAAAGCCAUUAGUAAAGCUUUGGAAAGGCAGUAUGCUGAUGUUCUAGCUCCACUGAAGGACAGCCUUGCUCCUAAGAUAUUUGGCAAAUAUCUUCAGAAAUUCACCAAAGGAAUAGCUGGCACCUACAUUGUUCCAGAUGACUUGGGAGUUCUUUUGAAUUCCAUGAAGAGGAUACUUAAUGUACUUCAUUCCAAGAUAGAAUCCCAGUUCAAAUCAUGGUGUUCUUGCACUCCACCUGGUGAAACUGCAAUCCCAGGUGACCGUCUCAGUGAAAUUACGGUGAUGCUAAGGGCUGACUUCAGAAACUAUAUUCAAGCAAUAGUGGAGAAACUUGCAGAGAAUACAAGAGUUCAAAGUGCAACGAAAUUGAAGAAGAUAAUCCAAGACUCAAAGGAAACUGUUGUUGAGUCAGAUGUAAGAAGUCGAAUGCAGCCUUUGAAGGAUCUCCUGAUAAAGACAAUAGAGAACCUCUAUUCUGUCUUUGAACCUCAUGUGUUCGUAUCCAUCUGUCGAAGUUUCUGGGAUCGGAUGGGCCAGGAUGUACUACACUUUUUGGAAAAUCGAAGAGAAAACAUGUCCUGGUAUAAGGGCUUAAAGAUAGCAAUUUCUAUUUUGGACGAAAUCUUUGCAUCACAGAUGCAGAAGUUGCUUGGGAAUGCACUCCAGGAAAAAGAUUUGGAGCCACCUCAAUCUGUGAUGGAAGUGCGUUCUAUGUAUGCGAGGAUUUUGUAAAUUACAAGAACUAUGAUAACUAGCUCUAUUCUCCUGUACAGAUUAGUUGAAAAGAAAAACUCGUUUUGACAUUAUUACACUGCUAAAGGGAAGACAAACAACAGAAGUGAAAGAGAGAGUACAGAGGCAGAUGGUUUUGCAUAAAUUUUGAUCAUGUUUUUAACAAUUUUGUAAAGGUUUCACGCCAUGGCCUUCGUGGUGAUCAUUUCUUUGCCUUUUUUAUUGAAAAUAUAGAAAUUUUGGUAACUCAACAGUGUUAUAUCCAUUGUGAA